AGCGGAAGAACUCCUCCCUCCCUCCCUCCCUCCCUCCCUCCCUCUCUCCGUGAUUUUUGUGUUCGGUUUUCUCGCUCUAAAACUCGGGGAUCGACUCCCUGAGUGGGAGGAGAUGGGUCAGGAAUCGUUCAUAUACAGCUUCGUGGCGCGGGGGACAAUGGUCUUGGCCGAGUACACCGAGUUCACCGGGAACUUCCCGGCGAUCGCGAAUCAGUGCCUCCAGAGGCUUCCCUCGGCAAACAACAAGUUCACCUACAACUGCGAUCACCACACCUUCAAUUUCCUCGUCGAGGAUGGUUACGCUUAUUGUGUAGUUGCUAAAGAGUCUGUAGGGAAGCAGAUUUCAAUUGCAUUUCUGGAACGUGUAAAGGCAGACUUCAAGAAAAGAUAUGGUGGCGGUAAAGCAGAUACAGCUGCUGCUAAAAGUCUCAAUAAGGAGUUUGGCCCAAUUAUGAAAGAACACAUGCAAUACAUAAUUGACCACGCAGAAGAGAUUGAAAAGCUAAUUAAAGUGAAGGCACAAGUGUCAGAAGUUAAAAGUAUUAUGUUGGAAAAUAUUGACAAGGCUAUUGAGAGAGGGGAAAAUCUAACUCAUCUCUCAGACAAGGCACAAGAUCUUCGUGAUUCGGCCCAGGAAUUCAAGAGAAAGGGCACACAGAUCCGGCGGAAGAUGUGGUAUCAAAAUAUGAAGAUAAAAUUGGUUGUUCUUGGGAUCCUAUUACUGCUGGUCCUUAUCAUCUGGUUAUCUGUUUGCCAUGGCUUUGACUGCACCAACUAGCAUCAACUUCAGUCUUCAGCAAAUUUGGAUUGAUGUUGUCUGAAUCUAAGCGCGAGUACAACGUUGAAGUGCAUAGCUGUUUUGAGUCUCGCGAUCAACCCAAACUCUGCGAUUUUAAGUUUUGAACUGGGCAGUGUCGCACAUGAGUUCCUGGAGAUGUAUACACCAAACUUUAGCUUUUUCUCUUCUUUUCCCCCCCCUUUUCUUCUGCAUAUUUGGGUUCUUUUCUUUCUUUUUUUUUUUUGGGGGGGGGGGGGGGGGGGGGGGCGGGCCGCUUACUCCUAUCUUCUUUUAUGGAACUUAAUAGAUGGAGAAAUUGAAUAAAAUUUUGGUGCAAUGUUUACUUUCAUGUCUUCUCUGCAGUCAGGGAGGAUGUUAUGAAUAGAGAGUAGUAGCAUAUUAAUUAUUAAACAGGGAGGGAGCUCAAAACAUUUCACGCUUGGAACUGGAUCUGUAAAUUAAAGAAAAAGUUUUUACUAAUGAGAAUUUUUUGUGUUUGGUAUUAA